AUGCGCCUCGCAUAUACACCUGCUGUCAUUGCUGCCCUGUGCACCAAGGUAGCUCUCGGUGACUUCAUUACACCAACAUACCCGACGCCAGUCGACCUCAGCAGCAACCACAGUUUAGCCCGCGCCAGCUGGCAGAACCUUACCUCGUCACUAGACCAGUACCUACAGGGGAAGCUCAAUGCUUCAGCGGCUGCCGCGUUUGCGGGUGUGGAAGACGUCACCUUCUCUGUGGGCAUGUUCUCGCUGAACGACCCCCAGUCACUCCAGUUACAGUAUCAUCACGCAGCCGCAGAGGUCAAGAACGCCACGGCUGGCACUAGGAGCGUGGACGAGAACAGCAUAUACCGAGUCGCGUCUGUGUCUAAGCUUAUCACGACCUUUGCUGGCCUGCUACGGCUGAGUGCCGAGGACUGGCACCGGCCUCUAUCGGAGAUCAACCCGAACUUCAAGCCGCAGAAGAACUCAAGUGCGGUGGACGUUAUUCAAACCACACAAUGGGACAAGAUUACACCAUGGGCACUUGCUACACAACUCAGCGGCUUGCCUACGCUCGGCUUUCUCGGUGACUACUACAACCAAUCGCUGGCCUCGGAGUUUGGCGGCCCUAUUGUAAACGUCAGCUCCCUCGGCGCCUGUGUCGCCAAUCUGUACAACCACCUAGCUCUUACCUGCUCUACUGCCGAAAUCAUCUCAUCCCUCAAGGACCUCCCGCCCAACUUCCUGCCAUGGAAGACACCCGUCUACUCCGACCUGAACUUUAUGCUGCUCGGGCUGGCCAUCUCUGAUCUUACUAACACGUCUAUUGCGGACGUGUACAGCUCUGCCAUCUUUGCGCCCCUCAACAUGACCUCGUCCAGCGCCCGCAGCCAGAACAAGACGCUGUCGCGCGAAGUCGUCGUCGGCACGCUCGAGUCGUACCUGCUGCUGGACUCCCUGCCCUUCACGGCCCCGUCCGGCGGCGUCCUGUCAACGCUCGGCGACCUUCGUAAGCUCGGCCUCGGCAUCCUCAACAGCACGCUCCUCGAUCGCAACGCGACGGACCGCUGGAUGAAGCCCGUCUCGCACACGGCGAGCCUAAGCUACUCUAUCGGUGCGCCGUGGGAGAUUCACCGCUUUGUCCACCCAUCCGGCCGCGUGACGGACAUUUAUACCAAGCUCGGCGACUCAGGUCUCUACGGCGCCGCGCUGGUUCUGAUCCCGCAGUACGACGCCGGUUUCGCGUUCCUCAACGGCGCGAGCGCCGACGGCCGCUCCGAGACUGCGCUCGGCAUCCUGGACGCCGUGACCACGACCGUACUGCCGGCCCUAGAAGCUGAGGCGGCCGCCGAAGCGAAGCGCAACUUCGUCGGCACGUACUCGUCUUCUACAGAGGGCCUCAAUGUCUCCCUCACCGUCGGCUUUAAUGCCUCGCUGGACUCCACCGACGUGCACUCCGGCCUCGUCGUGACCGAGUGGAUGUACAACGGCACCGACAUCCUCAAGAGCAUCUUCUUCCGCGGCUUCACGCCGCGUCUGGAGCAGUCCGUCGUGCGCCGCGGCGCCGACAGCAAGCCCCGGCAGGUGGCCUUUAUCGCGUCGACGUACGACCAGACACCGACGUACGCCGCCGCGAAGCUGGGGCCGUGGACAGGCUUCUACCACUCCGAUGGGGACUUUAUCUACACGGACCAUUUUCGUUACGGCGGCCAGCCUGUGCGAGAGCUCGUCUUCGACUUGGAUGAGACGGGCGCGGCGGUCAAGUGCACGCCUUCGUACCAAAGAAUUGCAUUGACAAAAUCGAGGCAGUAG